AUGAACAGCGUGGCCAGAAGCCUUUUGCAGUCAGCUCGGCGCGGCGGAGCGGCGUGGCUGAGAAGCGGCUCUGCCCGCUCCGGAGAACGGCACCUUCGGAAGCUGGUGCUGGGCAUCGAGACGAGCUGCGAUGACACCGGCGCGGCCGUGGUGGACGAUGCCGGCACCGUCCUGGGAGAAGCCCUGCACUGUCAGAAGGAAGUGCAUUUACAAGCAGGGGGAAUAAUUCCCGUGGUGGCACAGCAGCUUCACAGAGAAAACAUUGAGCAAGUGGUGAAAGAGGCGCUUGGUGCCAGUGGAGUCUCUGUGGGUGACCUGGCAGCUAUUGCAACGACGGUGAAACCGGGCCUGGCGCUGAGCCUGGAGGUGGGGCUGCAGUACAGCCUGAACUUGGUGAGCACCCACCAGAAGCCCUUCAUACCCAUCCACCACAUGGAGGCCCACGCGCUGACCGUCAGACUCACCCAUCACGUGGAAUUUCCCUUCUUGGUUCUUCUACUUUCUGGAGGCCACUGCAUCUUGGCAGUAGCACAGGGAGUUUCAGAUUUCCUUCUGCUUGGACAGUCCAUAGAUAUGGCACCUGGUGACAUGCUGGAUAAGGUAGCAAGAAGACUCUCUUUAAGAAAGCACCCGGAGUGCCACAGCAUGGCUGGGGGGAAGGCGAUAGAGCACUUGGCUCAGACUGGGAACCGGCAAACACUCGUGUUCAGAGUCCCCAUGCAACGGUACCGCAACUGUGACUUCUCUUUUUCUGGCCUUCAGCACCUUGUCAAUAAAGCCAUUGCACAAAAAGAAAAAGAAGAAGGUAUUCAGGAAGGUGAGAUCCUGUCCUGUGUUAAGGAUAUUGCUGCUGCUGUGCAGCAUGCAGUGGCACUUCAUAUUCUCCAGAGGACAUACCGAGCCAUGCUGUUCUGCAUGAAAAAUGGCAUAUUAUCAUCCCAAAAUGCGACUUUGGUUGUAUCAGGAGGAGUUGCAAGUAAUCAGUAUAUCCGAAAAGGUCUCCAGACUUUGGCAGAUGCCAAUGAUUUUGCCUUUCUGUGUCCUCCUCCCAGGCUGUGCACCGAUAACGGUGUUAUGAUUGCAUGGAAUGGCAUUGAGAGGUUACGUGCAGGACUUGGUGUUUUACACAAUACCCAUGGCCUCCGCUACGAGCCAAAAGCUCCCCUUGGAAUUGAUAUUUCAAAAAGAGUUGAAGAAGACUCCAUCAAGGUCCCAAAACUAAAAAAGAAGAUACGAUGGUUGGCAUCUUAA